UCAAAUGAACUGACAAAAGCCAAAGAAAAAAAGUUUACGACAAAAAGCACUCAAUUUUUAAACUUGUCAGAAGCUUUUUCCAAUAAAAGCAGAGAAAAUAAAAAAGCACCAACAAAACGACGAAGCAAAAUAUUCAAUCAAAUCACUCAGCGCUUAAUCAGAAGCAACAAGCAGCAGAAUUAAGAAAAAGUGCAAAUUGAAAAGGUUUUUAGUGAUCUCAUCAACGUCAAAACAAACGCAAUUCCAACCGGCACAAGCAAAGCCAGAUAUAAACAAAAUGUUGCUGACAAAAUCCAUGCGAAUAACGCCAACACUUGUGAGUGCAACAGCAGCUAGAAUCAGUGGGCCAAGUGUGGUGGCAAAUCUGGAGCAAAAUAGAAGUUUGAUGCUCGCCAGUGCAGUAAUUCCCAAUGGAUUCACCGUGAGUGGACGCGUACCGAGCGACUUCAUCAACUUCAAUGCAAUUACGCCCUUCACACUCACCGCUGUGCGUUUUUACGCCAAUGAUACGAAACGCGAACAUCAAUCCAAUAGCCCCACACAAAAUGUGCCCGCGCCCAGUCUGCCGGAUCGCGAACAAAUCGAGAGAUUCCUCUUCCGUGUGCUUGCACUGGUGUGGGAUAUAAGCGUGUGGCUUUAUGUUAAUACUAAACGCGCCAUCGAUACUCAUGUAAUCGCCAAUGAUUCUGUGCAAUUUUAUUGGAAGCGUAUGCAUGAGCGAAUGGCUAAGGCCAAGAAGGAAUGGUAAAUGGGGAGUGAGUGUGAGUGCAGCCAGCCACAUACUACAUACAUAGUUAUGAAUACAAGAAAAUGCAGAAUUUUAUAUGCAGUAAAAUUAGUCUGUUCUCUUCAUUGCAUUUUUUUUAAUUAAUUUAGCUUUUACAUACAUACACGUACAUAUGUAUUUCGUUUCUUUAGUACACUUGUUAACCUAUUUCAUAUUUGAUUUUGCUAUUAAAAUAAAUUUAAAAAAAAUUAAAUACUCAUACAUACAUACCUACGUGUAUAUGGUAUUCUUCCCGCAAAUAAAAUAGUUGAAAUUUUUACUUACGAAUGUAC